GCGAACGAACAAUAAUGCCGAUAAACGCAGAACUCACGCAUCCUAAAUAACAGUCUGUGAAUUCAAAUAUAACUUCUUCUACACGGUUGCUUACGCCUUCGUUUUAAACAGUUACCGUUCCAUUAUUAGCCGUUUUGGCGGGAAAAGACAUAAUUUGGCGGGGAAAAGUGUAAAUUACAUUUUGGCGAGGAGGAAGGAAGGAUCCAUGGCAUAUUUUGUUUUUGGUGAUCGAACACAGAGAGCAGCGACGUUUGUAAUCUAUUGAUUGAUUGUAUGAAUUGGAGGAGUCGUGAUUGAGAACCGUUUAUUUCGCCGAAGAGCAAUCGCAUACACUCUGCGGCGGAAUGGGGAUCGGCGCUUCUUACAGUAAAGCGCGCGCCAUCCAUUUGGAUCUAGAUGGGAGGAUUGAGAAGAUCAUUUUCAGCUCCCAUUGCGGAUCACGUGAUAUCCAUGACCUCUUGACCUCAGUGGCUGGUGUGAGUAGGUGGGCCAAUAUAAGUCUAAAAGAUCAGCAAGGGGCUUUAGUUUCUAUUGCCCCUACGAUGCCUACUAAUACAGCGAGGGAGCCUUACAAGGUCAUUGUCUCUCAGAACCGGCAGGGUGAAGCUCACGAUGAAGUCCUUCAUGGUGUUCUCACGCACGUUUCGGAGCAAAUGACAAAGGCCUUCCGAAUAAACGAGAUGAAAGAUGAGAUGCUUAACCGGCUUAACGUCAUGCAGCAAAGAAUCGAAAGUACAGAAGCAGUGGUUCCUGAACAACAACUGGAAGGCAUGAAGGCGAUAGAGAUUGAAAAAUGUAAAAUGGAGAUACGAGCCAUCAAGGAUGAACUACUUGCGGCAAAGAGCCGCCAUGCAAACUUCUGCAAGUGCACCAUACCGGCCGCCCAGGGGAACGAUACACGGAUCGUCGCGAAGCGCGAUGUCCCGAAAUACCCCAAGUACACACUGUCACGCGAGACAAAGGAGUACCUCAAGAAGCCGACGUUCGACAUUUGGCAUUGGGAAUCGAAUGAGAUGCUCUGUCUUUUGGAACACAUGUACCAUGAGCUGGGCUUAGUAAACGAGUUUCACAUGAAUCCGAUUGUUCUUCGGCGAUUUCUGCUUUGUGUCCAGGAGAACUACCGCAACAACCCGUUCCACAACUUUCGCCACUGCUUCUGCGUGACGCAGAUGAUGUACGGGAUGAUCUACCUGUGCGACCUGCAGUCUAAGGUGUGCCUCUCAGAUCUGGGCAUCCUACUCACGGCGGCAGUGUGCCAUGAUUUGGAUCACCCAGGGUUCAACAACACAUAUCAGAUCAAUGCUCGAACCGACCUGGCUAUCCGAUACAACGACAUAUCACCUCUAGAGAAUCAUCAUUGUGCAGUGGCCUUCAAGAUCAUCAGCAACCCAGAAUGCAACAUCUUCAGGAACGUGCCGGAAGAACAGUUCAAGGAUAUUCGGCAGGGUAUCAUCAUGCUGAUCAUGGCGACCGAUAUGGCCCGUCAUUCGGAGAUCCUGGACCAGUUCAAAGCCCAGGUCGAAAGUGGAUUCGACUUCUCGAACCAGGAACAUCUCAACUACCUUCGAAUGGUAUUGAUCAAGUGCUGUGAUAUCUCUAACGAGGUUAGACCGUCUGAUGUUUCGGAGCCCUGGGUGGAUUGCUUACUGGAGGAAUAUUUUAUGCAGAGUGAUCGGGAGAAGAUAGAGGGUCUACCUGUAGCAUCAUUCAUGGACCGUGACAAGGUGACAAAGCCCACAGCUCAAGUCGGAUUCAUCAAGUUCGUCCUCAUCCCAAUGUUUGAGGUGGUGGCGAAGCUCUUCACUCAGCUGAAUGAUUCAGUUGUAGAGCCGCUGCGAUCCGCCCUCUACCGGUAUGAAGAACAGAAGUUGAAGGAAGAUCAGAUCAAAGAGAAGCUGAGAGAGACGGCAAGAAUUCGAGCGGAACAGGAGGGCGUGGACUAAAGACACCCAGAUCAUUUCUUUAGAUCUAUCCUAAUGAUAAAUUUAUCAUCAAGAUGAGUUCUAUUCUUGCUACCAAAACAAAUCAAAAUCUCUAUUUUCGCACUUUCACGGGUUUAUUUUUCCAAUGCCUUCUAUUUUCCAAACUUGGGUGCAUGACAUAUUAAGCACAUUGAGGCGAGAGAACGGUGCUUGUGAAAUUUCUGUAAAUAUGCAAAUAUUUGUGAUUUAGCAUAUAUUUGUACUGUGGUGAUACAUUUGUUUGAGAGUUGAACUAUUGGUCUGAAUACAUUUGUAAGACAGCGGAUAUUUUUAGCUGUUCAGCUACAGCCUACGUCAGUGAUGUGACCUGAUUUGUGACCUUUCUGACGUCAUUGGCAAUAAUCUGGGCGUAGACAUUCGAAACGAACAUUCGUCUUUGUCCAACGUACGUUUGACGGCCCGGAUAUAUAAAUAACUUGCUUCACACCCCUUUCGAAAA